AUGGACUCCCACUUCACCAACCCCACCAUCUCCUCCAAAAACAAGGAGAAGGGAAAACAGCCCGCUAAGGCUUCUUCUUCUUUUUCUUCUUCUUUUUCUUCUUCUUUUUCUUCUUCUCACCACCACCAACAUACUUCCCCAACCCACGACAACUCCCACAAAACCCCCAACUUCAGCCCUGAUCACCAUACUGCAUCAUCUUCAUCCACCAUCCAUGCUAUAUCCUCCAAAAAGGAGAAGAAGAACAAGAAGAACAGCCUUUCAACAAAGAUGGGGCUUUGGAUUAUGGGGACUUCGCUGGAGAAGGUUGAGAGGGUGAAGGAGAGGAAGAGGGAGAGGGAGCGGGGGAGGGAGAGGGAGCGGGAGAGGGAGGGGAAGUGA